GCAGGGCUGAAUAAAUCCGCGGACCCCGUGCUGUGAAGAAAAUCAAAACCGCGGACGGACGAGCACUCAGCAAGUGGAUCCCCGCGUAAAGUGGACCCUUAACCCAUAUAAGGAGCAAUUACUGCGCUGACAGCCAAUUUAAAAUCCAAAAACAGUCAUCUGGAUUUUUUAAUAUAAAAAGAUUCCAAAGAGAAGGAGGAGGAGGAGGUGGAGGAUAAGAAAAAAAAAAACAAAGCACCAACAGCAGUAUCCAACAGCAGCACCCCCAGCACGCGCUUGUGUACCUGGUUUGGGAAUAGGAGAUCAGCGCAUCGGGCAGUGCAGGAAAGAGCAGCGGAGGAGCUGCUGGAGGAGCUGUGGAGGUGCUGUGGAGUUUGACGUUGAGCACCACGUGCGUGAGAGCGGGCGGAUCUCAACAACAGCCCCGACCACAACAGCACGUAAUCGGAUUAAGGCCAAUUACGCGCGAGAUUAUAAAGGCAAGCGGCGAGCGCCUGAAACACUCUGUGCGCAAAAACGUCCGGACACUCCCUCCUCGUGUGGGAGCGCCAGGGGGGUCAGAGAGAGGAGAACUCCAGACUCAGACUGAGAGAGAGAGAGAGAGAGAGAGAGAGAGAGAGAGAGAGAGAGAGAGAGAGAGAGAGAGAAGAGGAGUAGUCCAGGAGUGACUGACACAGAUCUCCACACUAGACAAGAGAGUGAGAGAGAGAGAGUAUCUUUCACUGCUCUCACAACAAGAUCCUCAUCAGUACAGGACACUUCACAACUCCCAGGAAAGAAGAUCCUGAGGAGAUCUCCCAUAUCCUUAACUCAAGUCUGAUUUUCUUUUGAGAAAAAGGCCAAGAAGAGCAGCAUCAUGUUUUACUUCCACUGUCCUCCUCAGCUCGAGGGAGAAUGUUGUAGGACAAACUCAUUGAACUCCAACGGCUUUGGAAAUCACUCCUCUGGAGACUUUGAUGAUGGUUUUCUUAGGAGGAAACAGCGGAGGAACAGGACAACAUUCACUUUACAGCAGCUGGAAGCUCUGGAAGCCGUGUUUGCCCAAACUCACUAUCCGGACGUGUUUACAAGAGAAGAACUGGCCAUGAAAAUCAACCUGACGGAGGCCCGAGUCCAGGUGUGGUUUCAGAACCGGAGAGCAAAGUGGAGGAAGACUGAACGAGGCAGCUCAGAUCAGGAGGGCAGUAAGGAGCAGAUGAGUGAAGGGGCCGCCCCUGCUAGAAGCCUCAGCCAGUCUCCUGUGGAUCAGAGCAGGAACAAGAAAGAACCUCUGGAAGCACAACAGAAUAUUAACAGGGCGGUUGGUCCUGGGGGACCAUUUUUCCCAUCCUGUUUGCCUGGGACUCUACUAAACACUGCAACUUAUGCUCAAGCCUUGUCACAAGUGGCCACUCUAAAAGCAGGAAGCCCCCUCUGCUCUUGCUGUGUGCCAGACCCUAUGGGUCUGUCCUUCCUCCCUCCCUACGGGUGCCAAAGUAACCGGACGGCCAGUGUGGCAGCACUGCGCAUGAAGGCCAGGGAACACUCUGAAGCUCUGCUGCAGUCUGCUAACCUGCACGGGGCCGUAGGAGCUGUAGGAGCCGUAGGAGCUGUAGGCCUGGGUCACAGCCCUAGCACUGUUGGAGGGGGAGACUCCAGUCCUGGCUCUAGUUCCUCGAAGGUGCCGACCCGAGGAACUUCCCCUGACAAGCAGCUGCACUGCCCCAAGGAAGGCCCGGAUAAAAAAUAAGGGAGUCCUUUCGCCCAGAAAGCACGUUUGCUCUCGAUAUAAGGAUUUACAAUCUCUUGACGAAUGCCUGCUGCCCCUUUCCUCACAUGCACUGAUGUACAGCAGAGGACGAGGUGCUCAGUGCAUUCUACUAUUGUAGAAUUUGAGUGUUUGUGCAUCAAACUAUUUAUUCAAUUGUAAUUUAUCUAUUAUUGUUACCUACAUUUUGCUCAUCAUUACUGACUGAUUUGUUUGCUCAUAUUGCCACAUUGCCAAUAUUGUAAUAGGUUUGGACGGUGGACGGACUGGACUCUCUGAAUGCACUGUGUAAGGGGACGUUUUUACCCUGGCUGCCAAUGUGAAUUCAUAUUUUUUGGAAAAUCCACUUUGAUGUAGGGCUCAUACUGCCUUGUAUACUGUGAAGUCGGGUGAUGUUAGAAACUGCAUUGUGUCAAGAACAAUUUCUUAAUGUAAAACAUAAUAUAUACCAUGCGCAAAUAUAAGACCUAAUGUGAAAGAAUUAUAAUGAUGAUGAAAAUAAUAAUAAUAUGCAAAUGUA